AUGACAAGCACAAGCAAGAAUAAAGAAAUGAAAGAUAAGAGGGCUGACAGCAUUGAAGCUGUUCAAGAGGCAAAUGAACAGCCCACUCUCCCUUCCAUUUACUCCAUAGCAGCCGCUCAUUCUUUGUCAAAAGACCUAAAACAAAAGUCCCUGCACUUAAUAAAAGUCAAAAGAAGACAUGGAGACUAUGGACAAUUCGAUCUAACGCACGCUUGGUCACCGGAGGAUUUGAUGGAUGACCUAGGAAGUCGCUUCGGGAGUGGACGGUCAAGAGAUAGUACAUUGCCUGAUGAGAGUCUAGCUCUGGCACGACCGUUUGUUAUGGAACCUUUGAGGACAUUUCAGGUAGCAGAUUGUGAUAAAAUUCUCUUUUGUUCUAUUUUCCUAGAAUUUGACUGCACAGCCCGCAAUUUUGCUGGCUAAAGUAUUUUCCUGUCUAUAAGGCCAUGGCUAAUUGAUGGAAAGAGUAAAGCCCGCGCGUAAAUCAAUAAAUAAUUGACAAAUGUCACCAGAAGGUGCUCUGAACUACCGGUUAGCUGAAUAAAAUGCCCAAAAGGUUUUAUGGUGACAAUUAUCGACUUUUAUCAUUUGGUUCCUCAAGUACCUGUCGGCGAUAGCAAUUUUGAGUUUGCAAUCAAACUGUCAAAUGUAUAAAGUUUAUGUUAAAACAAAAGCUUAGUUUGCAAAAAUAUUGUCAGAUCCUCCGUAUUUUGUACAUAGCUAAGUACUUUGACCCGUCAGGAAUUGUUUGAGCACCGUGUAAACAAUCUCAGUAACUCAUUGGACAUUAUGGAUGGCGAAAAAGGAGUCCUUAAUAACUACUCAACUUUCGGUUUUUGCCGGAGGGAAGUGAUCAGUACUUUGGAAGUUUUAGCCACGACCACAGCCAUUGGUUAAUAUAAAGGUCCAUUUAGUCAAGAAAAGAUUAUUCACUCCCUUCUUUCAUGUUCCGAUACUUACAAUAGGUCUUUGAUUAAUGGUCAUAUUAUUUGCCCAAUGUUUUUUUUUUCCGAUUCUCUCCCAGGAACACAAGGUCAAACCAAUCAUUCAACAUGUACUGGAAACUAACUUGGCAGAACAAAAGUAUGACCCAGUCUUUUGCAGAGAUGCUGCAGUCACGAUGGCCGAGGUUAUAAAGGAAAGAGUGAAAAGACUUUGUUAUCCUCGAUAUAAAUUCGUGUGUCACGUGGUCGUGGGAGAAGUUAAUCAACAGGAUGUGAAAGUUGUGAGCCGGUGCGCAUGGGACUCGGCGGUGGAUCGUUUUGCGCAGUAUCAGUAUAGCAACUAUUAUCUGUAUGCCGUGGGGAUUGUUUAUGCAGUUUAUUGUGAAUAA